AUGGGCAUGAGCUGGGACAAGGACUCAGACAUGGGCAUGGACUCAGGCAUGAACUCAGGCAUGGACAUGGACUCAGUCAUAGGCAUGGGCAUGGAAUCAGGCACAGCAUUGGCGACGCUGGAGGUUGCCUUGUUGAUCACCGAUGGGAACAUGGCAUCAGAGAUUGCCCUGUUGACCUCCGAGCAGAGCCCCGUGCUAGCUGGACCACGCUUCUCUCAGGAGCCGGCAGAUCAGUCGGUGGUGUUGGGGGAGCGGGUUGUACUCUCUUGUGUGGUGUUUAACUACACAGGCAUCGUCCAGUGGACCAAAGACGGACUUGCUCUCGGCAUUGGAGAGGACCUGAGGGCAUGGCCACGUUAUCGUGUAUUAAGGAUCAUUGAUGUGGGUCAGUAUAACCUGGAGAUUUCAUCAGCUGAGCUGUCAGACGAUUCUCUGUAUGAAUGUCAAGCCACUGAAGCAGCACUCCGAUCCAGAAGAGCCAAACUCACUGUCCUCAUUCCCCCAGACGAUCCAGUGAUAGAAGGUGCUCCAGAGAUUUUGUUGACAGCAGGAAUCUCGUACAACCUGACAUGCAUUUCCCGAGGGGCCAAACCACUUUCAACCAUAGAGUGGUACAAAGAUGGCGUUAUAGUGGAAGGAGCUCACACUAGCACUGAGGUUUUACCUGACAGGAAGCGAGUAACCACGCGCAGUUUCCUACCUAUUCAGCCAGUAGACACAGACACUGGACACAACUUCACCUGUGUCGCCUCCAAUCUGGCUGUGCCACUGGGCAAACGAGCCAGUGUCACACUCAAUGUGCACCAUGCUCCCACAGUUUUAUUAUCGAUUGAGCCUCGUUCAGUUCUAGAGGGAGAGAGAGUAACAUUUACAUGCCAAGCUACAGCCAACCCUCCUAUCAUGGGCUACAGGUGGGCCAAAGGUGGAGUAAUCCUGGAGGGAGCGAGGGAGAGUGUGUUCGUGACUACAGCUGAUCACUCGUUCUUCACUGAGCCUGUUUCCUGCCAGGUGUUCAACGCUGUGGGCAGCACCAAUGUCAGCAUAUUGGUGGAUGUACACUUUGGUCCGAUCCUGGUAGUGGAACCAAGGCCUGUAACUGUAGAUGUGGACUCUGAUGUAACACUGAACUGUAAAUGGGCAGGAAAUCCUCCUCUUACACUCACCUGGACAAAAAAGGGCUCCAGUAUGGUUCUGAGUAAUAAUAAUCAGUUGUAUUUGAAGUCAGUGAGUCAGUCCGAUGCAGGACAGUAUGUGUGUAAAGCCAUCGUACCCAGGAUUGGUGUUGGGGAGACGGAGGUCACACUCACAGUCAAUGGUCCACCAAUUAUUUCAAGUGAACCAGUUCAGUAUGCUGUAAGAGGUGAGAAGGGCGAGAUCAAAUGCUACAUUGCAAGCACACCUCCUCCUGACAAAAUUGUUUGGGCCUGGAAGGAGAAUGUGUGGGAGAAAGAUAGAGGCACUCUGUCAGAGAGAUACACAGUAGAGCAGAGCAAGCCUGCAUCAGAAGGGGGUGCUGUGCUCUCCACCCUCACCAUCAAUAAUGUGAUAGAGUCAGACUUUCAAUCCACGUACAACUGCACAGCCUGGAACUCAUUUGGACCAGGUACCAUGAUCAUCACACUGGCAGAGACAGAUAUUGUCCCUGUAGGUAUAAUAGCUGGUGGAACAGUUGGAUCGUCCAUCCUUCUGCUUCUCUUCUUGCUUGCCCUGGCCUUCUACCUCUACCGCCAGCGAAAAGCCAGUCGUCGAGGGGUUGCACUGAAGCCUGACAUAAAGGUUGAGACAGUCAACAAGGAGACACCUAGCCUAGAGGAAGACACAGCAGAUGUCUCUACAGCAUCUCGCAUGUUUCUUCCCUCUGUCUCCCUCUCUCCCUCCACUCAGCCUUUCAAAGAGGACACGGACCUGAAGCAGGACACACACAGUGAAACACUGGAGACCAAGGAGGAGUACGAGCUGAAGGACCCAACAAAUGGGUAUUACAAUGUGCGAGCGACGACCCAUGACGAAGGGCGUACCACGGCCCGCUACCAGGAAUUCCGGCCACCAAAUCCAGCUUCAGUCUCCACUUCUGCAGCAGGCUCAGCACCCAGCAUUAAUCCCGCUCCCAUUGGCCGCUAUGAACCGCGCCCACCAGCUCGGAUUACUCACAACACUUACGCCCACUUUAGUACCAUCGCCAGGACCAAACAAAGCCAGGGUCCACCCAAAGCAGCGCUUCAGACCACAGAUUAUUCCAGAGAAUGUGGCCUGUUGGAAUCAACCAAUCAGCUCACUUAUGACACAUAUGGAUACCAACCCACAGCGCAAUACGCUCAGUACAGGCUUGGCUUUGCUCCGCCGCUUGAGGAAGGACCAGCCUAUGAGAUGUAUCCAACAGGACAAGGGGUGGGGCCAAAUCAAGGGGUAGGGCCAGAUGCUGGACUGGGGAAGUACGGGAGCUCAACACGUUUCUCCUAUUCAUCUCCACCCACAGAAUAUUCUCAGAGACACACGCAGAGGAUGCAGACACAUGUAUGA